UUGCUCGGUGUCUAAACAACGUUGCGCGCUGUGUUACCCGUAGUUUACACAAUUCCGAUUUGCGUUUGGCCGAGAAAUGUGCGUUUAGCGCCUCAUUUAGAUUUAGACACCAAAGGGUGCGACACUUUGAAGAAACUCGCAUCGAGAGGUCGUUGCCAGCUUCGUGACCUGCUUAUCCGAGAUGAGAUUGCUUGUGCUGCUGUGGCUGCCGCUGCCAUUUCUAAGCAGCCUCUACCUGUGCAUCGGUUAUGCAACUGCCACCAAGGUAUCUACCCCUCGAGGGGUUGCACAAUACAGGCUCCCGCAACCCGCGCCUGCACUAGUGCUGUCAGACAGUGAAGCUGUACAAAUGAGGGCGGGAGGAGCAGCUGGGCGGAAUGAUACGAGCCAGGCAAGAUCUCAGACGGCAUCGGACCAGCGUAGGCGCACACAGAUUGUCCGGCGACGCAGGCCGGUCAAUCGAAACUCCAGCACGUCGACCACCACAUCAACGACGUCCACAACAACCACGUCGACCACGACGAGUACAACAACGGCCCGUCCCAGCUUGGCCAAUGGCUUCAAUUUCUUCAAUCCGAGCUUCUGGAGCUUUGGACAGCAGAGUCUGGUUGCAGUUCGGCCGCCAACCAAGCAACCCCAUCCGCCCAAGAAGUUCAGUUCCAAGGAGGAAAAGAUCAGCUAUCGAAAGCCGCCCAAGACCACCAUUAAACCCAGAUCCAGCCCGACCACAAGGACAGCCACAACCACAACUACAACUGUGAGGCCAUCCACAGAUGGACCAUUCCGUAUUGCUCUGCCCACCCUGACAUUUUCCAGCGGCGAGGGCAAGGAGCGGGAUAGGGAGAAGGAGAAACGAGCUGCCGCCGAGCUACGGCUGCGCUUCAACUGUCCGCGGGAAAACGAGGUGCGCUUCCAGCUAUUCCCGAAGAUCUGCAAGACGGACAAGGACUGCGCUGUCUGGCAGCGGGACGAGCUGUGCUGCGACAUCUUUGGUGCCAGCAGCUGUGUUUCUGGAGUGGCGAAGCCCCUGGAAGAGGCGGUCCAUGCACCCAUACUCGGCCUGAUACCUCGCAAGUGCCCUACCAGGCCGCUGGCCGAGCUGUGGUGGGAUGUCCAGGAAUGCAGCACGGAUAUGGACUGCUGGCCAAGAGUCUGCUGCCCCGACGGACGAAGACGGUACUGUCGCACCUCUCAGCCAGAGCUGGAGACGGCGCCGGCGCCAGUCAAGCGUUCUUUUGACUAUCUCACCGAGUAUCUGGAGUGCACUGCCCCGCCGCCACCAAUCUUUGAUCUCCACCCAAAGGCGUGUACCUCAACGCUGGACUGUUUCCCGAACGUGUGCUGCCAGGAGGCGGGUCUCCGGCACUGUCGUCCGCCCAAGAAGUCGGUGCUCACACUGAUGGCCAAUUUUCUCAAUGUGGACUUCGUGAAGCGACUCACACAGAACAUUGUUAUCAAAUAAGCCCGGCACUUUACACCCAGUGCCACCAAUCGUAUAUGUACCUUAUGUACGACGUAUGUACAUUGUUGUAUAUACAGUCGGAUCUGCUCUGUGUGAGUGCACCUUCGUUUCAACAAUUUCAGAACUGCCGCCGUGAUAUCUCGCUCGUAUUUGUUUACCUAAGUUGAUAAACAGAACGAAUCAUAUGUACAUAUGUACACACAAUAUACAUAUGUAGACAUACUGCGCAUUAUGUAUACCGAACAGUUCAGUUCCAUUCCCCGUCUAAGCCUGUACCGAGGCGUCCUAGUAUUAGAUGUAGCACAUACACACUUCUUAAGUUUCUUUCGUAGGCUUAUACAAAA